CCACAUCCCUCUUUUAUAGCCCCCUCAGUAUUUACUUGAGGCAGACGUGAAAGAUUUCUGAAGAGCAAAUCAGCUUGGACCCCAGCUUUUCAGAACAGCAGAGAACAGAUCACCAUCAUGAGUACUAAUGCUGAUGAAGAUCAGAUCAAGGAUAAACUGGAACAGUUGAGAUGUCACUUUACAUGGGAGUUGGUCAUUGACGACACUGAAAUACCUGAAUUAGAAAACAGGGUCUUGGAGGAGAUUGAGUUCCUAGACAACACAUACAAAGUGGGAAUAUACAACUUACUGGCCUAUGUGAAACACCUGAGAGGCCAGAAUGAGGAAGCCUUGAAGAGUUUGAAAGAAGCUGAAGACUUAACCCAGCAAGAACAUGCCAACCACUCAGACAUGAGAAGUCUGGUUACCUGGGGCGACUAUGCCUGGCUGCAUUACCACAUGGGCCGACAUGCAGAAGCCCAGAUUUACCUGGACAAGGUGAAGAACACUCGCAGGAAGCUUGCAAAUUCCUCCAGCUAUAGAAUGGAGUGUCCUUAUAUGGACUGUGAGGAAGGAUGGGCCUUGCUGAAAUGUGGAGGAAAGAAUUAUGAACGGGCCAAGGUCUGCUUUGAAAAGGCUCUGGAAGUGGACCCUGAAAACCCUGAAUUCAGCGCUGGGUAUGCAAUCACCGUCUAUCGCCUGGAGAGCUUUAACAAAGCAGCAAAGCGUACUGGGGAAUUUUGUCUGAAUACCCUACAACAGGCUGUCAGGCUAAACCCAAAAGAUGCAUAUCUUAAGGCUCUCCUUGCCCUGGAGCUUCAAGGUGCAGGACGAGAAGCUGAAGGAGAAAAAUACAUUAAAGAAGCACUGACCAACGGGUCCUCAAAGAUCUAUGUCUUCCGAUAUACUGCCACGUUUUACCGAAGAAAAGGCUCUCUGGAUGAAGCUCUUCAGUUCUUAAAACUGGCCUUGAAAGCAACACCCUCCUCUGUCACGCUGCAUCACCAGAUGGGGCUUUGCUACAAGUCACAAAUUAUCCAAAUAAAGAGAGCUACAAACUGGCAGCCUAAAGGACAGGAUAAAGAAAACAUCAACAGAAUAAUACAAUCAGCCAUAUCUCAUUUUGCAUUUGCUGUGCAACAAAAGCCCACAUUUGAGUUUGCUUACAUAGACCUGGCAGAAAUGUACACAGAAGCAGGUGACCACAAAAAAGCUGAAGAUGCUUAUCAACAGGUGUUACGCAUGGAAUCACUCAACCAAUAUAUGCUGCAACAGGUACAUUUCCACUAUGGCCAAUUUCUGGAAUUUCACAAAAAAUCUGAAGUUGAUGCAAUCAGCCAUUAUUUAAAAGCAGUAAAAGUAGAAAUGGCAUCAUUAGCAAGGAAUAAAAGUAUCAGUUCUUUGAAGAAAUUUGCUUUAAAGAAACUUCAGAGAGAUGCAUCCGAUAUAGAAAGCUUGUGCAUCCUUGGGUUCACCCACAAAGUACGAGGAGAAAUGAAUGAAGCCCUGGAGUACUACGAGCAGGCCCUGAGGCUGGAUCCUGUCUUGGAGAACUCUGUGUUUGUGACCUGUACGCACUGAAAUAUGGACCACUCUUACAUAUCAUUUGAUUUUACAUCAACAUAUACUAAUCAUCUUUUCUGCUUGCUGCUUUCAGAAACAUGUAAUUCACUGCAAUGAUGUAAUCUUUGAACAGUUACUCAAACCUGAUAAAACAUUGGUUGUAUUGGGAAAAUAGUGAAACAGACUAUACAGGUCUCUGUGUGUGAAAGAGAGAGAGGAAGAGAGAGAAGAACCAUUUCUCUGUGAAUGUUAUAUAGUAGAAAAAAAAAGUUUGUUGAGUAGAUUUGUAGCAAGUAAAACACUGGCCUUGACAUAGAACCAACCUAAAUGUCCAUCGACAGAUGAAUGGAUAAAGAAGAUGUGGCACAUAUAAACAAUGGAAUAUUACUCAGCCAUAAAAAGAAAUGAAAUUGUGUUAUCUGUAGUGAGGUGGAUGGACCUAGAGUCUGUCAUAUAGAGUGAAGUAAGUAUGAAAGAGAAAAACAAAUACUGUAUUCUAACUAUAUAUGGACUCUAAAACAAAAAAAUGAUACUGAUGAACCUAGUUGCAGGGCAGGAAUAAAGAUGUAGACAUAGAGAAUGGACUUGAGGACACGGGGUGGGAGGGGGAAGCUGGGGCGAAGUGAGAGUAGCAUCGACAUAUAUACACCACUGAUUGUAAAAU